AUUGAUAUCAUUUUCAAAUGGAUUUUUCAGAAGUUAUCGUUUACACCAAAGAAUAGUCAUAACUGUGGAAUCGAUUAUUUAUUCAAACACGAAAAUGUCGAAGAAUGGCGAAGUGACACCAAAUCAAGGCUCUAGUAGACCGAGUUUGUCUAGACCAGACUUGAAUUUAGUCCCUACAGAGAGGCGUAAAGUGUUAGACCUUCAACUAGGUGGUCCAUCCGGUGGUAAUGCAGCUUUUGUUCCAUUUACUACUAAUACAGCAUCUGCGCCCAGAAAUCGUAUACAAUCACGUACUAUAAGAGAUGUGUUACCUGAAAAUACCAGAGACAGAUGUAGAAUUUAUCCAUCCAUGCAAUCAUCAGGCAAAUUACAGUUAUCAGCAACAGAAGUGUAUGACUUCACAGCAGAUGACUUGCAAGAUCUUGGUGAGAUUGGAAGGGGAGCAUUUGGAGCUGUUAAUAAAAUGGAACAUAGAAAGUCAAAUAAAGUAAUGGCUGUAAAACGCAUACGUUCUACUGUAGAUGAAAAGGAACAGAAGCAGCUAUUAAUGGAUCUUGAAGUAGUUAUGAAAAGUAAUGAUUGCCCAUACAUUGUGGAGUUCUAUGGUGCUUUAUUUAAAGAAGGUGACUGUUGGAUUUGUAUGGAAUUGAUGGAUACAUCACUAGACAAAUUUUAUAAAUUUAUAUGUGAAAGAAUGCAAACUCGAAUACCCGAAAAUAUUAUAGCUAAAAUUACACUUGCUACUGUAAAGGCUUUGAAUUAUUUAAAGGAAAAACUGAAAAUCAUACACAGAGAUGUCAAACCAUCUAACAUACUGCUAGAUCGAAAGGGUAACAUUAAACUAUGUGACUUUGGCAUUUCUGGUAAGCUGGUGGAUUCUAUCGCUCGCACACGUGAUGCUGGUUGUAGACCUUAUAUGGCACCGGAACGAAUAGACCCUGGACGAGCCAGAGGAUAUGAUGUGAGGUCUGAUGUAUGGUCAUUAGGAAUAACACUAAUGGAAGUAGCAACAGGCGCAUUUCCUUACCCACGUUGGGGCUCUGUAUUUGAACAGUUGCAACAAGUAGUGCAGGGUGACCCACCACGCUUGACAAAUAACAAUAACACAUUCUCCAAUAACUUCGUUGACUUUGUAAACACUUGUUUAAUUAAAGAAGAAACCCAGCGUCCGAAAUAUAACAAGCUAUUGGAGCAUCCAUUUAUUAAAGGCAUCGAUCAAAGCAGAGUCGAUGUCGCUGCAUAUGUGUGUGAAAUUUUAGAUGCUAUGGAACGAAAUGGUGUUAGUCCAUUUACAACAGAUCAGCCAGCUCAAGCUUGGUUAGAUUAAUUAAAACUUCUCCACAUAAUGAAAACUAUACAUAUUUCAACCUUUUGUCCAAUUCCAAUGAUGUCUUUCAUUAUACAUUACAUUAUGAAUUAUAAUAUACCAGGGUUCGCAAUAAUCUGAUAUAUAUGUAUAUGAAAAGCUGCGAUUUUUGAGUUGCUAGUGACUUUAUUUAUUAUUUAAUCUUUUAAAUCAAAGGUGUAAAAUAAAGAUCGAGUUUAAGUUAUUUAAUAUUAGUGUAUUUAUUAUUAAAUAGUGUGAGGAUUUCCAGUAACCUAUAGGGGAAUCCCAAAAUUUCUAGCAAGUAAGAUUGCUACUUUAGGCCAAUAAUGCAACCGUCACAUCAGGUUGGUUAAUUUUCUAGUUGAGACUCGGUACUCUUUAACUUAUAAUAAAUAUUAUAAAUAUCAAUUGACAUAAAUCAAUCAAUAUAUUUAUCUAUUGGUAUUUAUCAGCGAACUCUGUUAUAAAGUAAUAAGUCUCAUCAUAUAUCUGAACAAAUGCCAAUUUAAUGUAUUUUGUUUUAUUGAUUAUCAUAGUGGCAUAAUUAUUUGAAAUAAUAAGUCAACUGGCUUCACAAUAAAAUAAUUAGAAUUAUUGUAAUUAUGAUUAAUUAUAACUUUGUUGUAAUGUAACAUUAACAAAGGAAUUAAGUCUUUCUGUAUGAAAUUAUGUAGCUAUAUAUAUUUGUUAGGACAAGUAGGACAAUUCUUCAAUUUUUAUCUUGAGGUUAACUGUAUCAAUGUAUUGUAUUAUAAACACAUUAUAAUUCUAGUACUGUUAUCUUUAUCUGAUGGAAAUGCUACAAGUGCACUACUGAGCCUUAUGCACUUCAAGAUAAUCUUCUAAAUGAAGUCUGUUUCUUUUUAGAAUAAAUUAUUAAACUGAUAUUAAAAAAACAUAUAUUGUAAAUAUUUGUGAACAUCCUUAUAAAAUAGUUGCAAUUUGUGUGUGUAAAGUGACACCGUAAUGAGAGUGUGGAUUGCUUGUAGCUCAUAAUAACACAAUGUAAAAGGGUAGAAUUAGUUGUAUUCAAACCACUGUUUUCCUGAUGUAGGUAAUUUUAUAAAUUUGUAUAUACAGGCAGAUAAAUAAUUGAGAAAAUAAACAUAAAUAUCAUAAAAAUGAAACAUUUUUAUAUGGAUGCAAUUAAAAAAGGUUUUGUGAAUCUAUGUAUAACAAUUGACACAUUUGAAAAUAAUUUUAUUAUAUUUAUUCUAAAUUACUGAGUAUAAAUAUUGAUUUUCAACACUAUUUAAGAAUAGAAUGAUACAAUAC